GCGCGGGCCAUGGCGGGGCUGCGGGCGCUGUGGCUCUGCGCCGCGGUGCUGGGCGCGGGGGGGCACCCGCAGCCCUGCCGCGUCCCGGCCCGCGCCGGCCCCGCCGUGCGCCUGGGCGCGCUGCUGCCGCCCGCCGCCCCCGGCCGCGUCCGCGCCGCGCUGGCCCGCGCCGCCGCCCCCGGCCCCGGCCCCGGCCCCGGCCCCGGCCGCGAGGGGGGCCCCGGCCCCGCGGGGGCGGCGCUGCCCCUCAACCUGAGCCUGGAGGUGGUGGCGGGCGGCCCGGCGGCGCGGGACCCCGGCUCGCUGGCGCGCUGGCUGUGCGCGGCGCUGGUGGCCCGCGGCGUGGCCGCGGUGCUGGCCGUGCCCCGCUCCCGCCGCGAGCUGCUGCAGCUCGACUUCCUCGCCGCCGCCCUGCAGCUGCCCGUCCUCAGCGUCCUCGACGCCGGCGGCCCCCUGCCCUUCCGCUCCCAGACCCCCUUCCACCUCCGCAUGGAGCGGCAGAGCUCCCCGGAGACGCUGGUGGACCUGCUGGCCAGCGUCCUCCGGGCCAACGACUGGCGCGAGGUCGACCUGGUGAUCUGCCACCCCUGGGACGUCGCCGGCUUCCUCGGGCUCUGGACCCGCCGCACCCAGCUCUUCCUCCGCGCCGUGCUGGACCUCAGCUCCCUCGACGAGCCCGGGGCCGCCCGCCGCCUCCGCCGGCACCUGGCCCGCUUCGAGGCGCUCGCCCGCCCGGUGCUGCUCUUCGGCUGCGACCUGCGGCGCGCCCGGCUCGUCUUCGGGGCGGCCGCGGCGUCGGGGCUGCCGCCGCAGGAGGUUCACUGGCUGCUGGGCUCCCCGCUCCGCGCCGGCGCGCUGCAGACCCGGGGGCUGCCCCUGGGGCUCCUGGCCUACGGGGAGGUCAGCCGGGCCCCGCUGGAGCACUUCAUCGAGGACGCCGUGGAGCUGGUGUCCCGGGCCGUCGCCAGCGCCGCCCGCGUCCGCCCCGACCUCGCCCUCAUCCCCACCACGGUGAACUGCAACGACGAGCGCAAGGAGGGUGCCGAGUCCUCGGGGCUCUUCCUCUCCCGGUUCCUGGCCAACACGUCCUUCCAUGGCCGGACGGGACACGUGUCGGUGCACAACGCAACGCUGGUGCACACGGAGCACCAGUACCGCGUCUGGAGCCUGCUGCGGGACUCGCGGGGCGAGCCCACCUGGGUGACGAUGGGCACCUGGCGCCACGGCAAGCUGGAGCUGGAGGAGGGCGCGUGGCAGAGCCACCUCCAGCGCAAGAGCCCUGCCGAUGGGGCCGGCGGCUCCCGCAUGAAGCUGCGCGUGGUGACGCUGGUGGAGCACCCCUUCGUCUUCACCAGGGAGGUGGACGAGGACGGGAGCUGCCCGGCCGGGCAGCUGUGCCUGGACCCCGGCACCAAUGACUCGGCCGUGCUGGACGCCCUCUUCGAGGAGCUCGGCGCCGAGAACGGCUCAGUGCCGCGGGAGUACAAGAAGUGCUGCUACGGGUACUGCAUCGACCUGCUGGAGAAGCUCGCUGAGGACCUGCCCUUCGACUUCGAGCUCUACAUCGUGGGUGACGGGAAAUACGGGGCGUGGAAGAACGGGCGCUGGACCGGCCUGGUGGGGGACCUGCUCAGCGGCAUGGCCCACAUGGCCGUCACCUCCUUCAGCAUCAACUCGGCGCGGAGCAAAGUCAUCGACUUCACCAGCCCCUUCUUCUCCACCAGCCUGGGCAUCCUGGUGAGGACCAAGGACACGGCUUCGCCCAUCGGGGCCUUCAUGUGGCCCUUGCACUGGACCAUGUGGGUGGGCAUCUUCGUGGCCCUGCACACGACUGCGCUCUUCCUCACCCUUUACGAGUGGAAGAGCCCCUACGGCAUGACUCCCCACGGCCGCAACCGCAUGAAGAUCUUCUCCUACUCCUCGGCCCUCAACCUGUGCUACGCCAUCCUCUUCGGGCGCACCGUGUCCAGCAAGACGCCCAAGUGCUGCACCGGCCGCUUCCUCAUGAACCUCUGGGCUAUCUUCUGCCUCCUGGUCCUCUCCAGUUACACAGCCAACCUCGCUGCUGUCAUGGUGGGGGAGAAGACCUUCGAGGAGCUCUCGGGCAUCCAUGACCCAAAGCUGCACCACCCCUCGCAGGGCUUCCGCUUCGGCACGGUGUGGGAGAGCAGCGCCGAGGAGUACAUCAAGAAGAGCUUCCCCGAGAUGCACGAGCACAUGAGGCGCUUCAACGUCCCCACCACCCCCGCCGGCGUCACCAUGCUCAAGACGGAGCCGCCCAAGCUCAACGCCUUCAUCAUGGACAAGUCCCUGCUGGACUACGAGGUCUCCAUCGACUCCGACUGCAAGCUGCUCACCGUGGGCAAACCCUUCGCCAUCGAAGGCUACGGCAUCGGCCUCCCCCAGAACUCGCCGCUCACCUCCAACGUCUCCGAGUUCAUCAGCCGCUACAAGUCGGCCGGCUUCAUGGACCUGCUGCACGACAAGUGGUACAAGAUGGUGCCCUGCGGCAAGCGCGUCUUCGCCGUCACCGAGACCCUGCAGAUGGGCAUCUACCACUUCUCGGGGCUCUUCGUGCUGCUCUGCAUCGGGCUCUGCGGCUCCCUGCUCACCUCCCUGGGCGAGCACGUCUUCUACCGCCUCGUCCUGCCCCACAUCAAGCGCAAGAAGAAGUUUAACUACUGGCUGCACACGAGCCAGAAAAUCCACCGGGCGCUGAACAUGGGCACGGAGGAGCAGAAAACCCAGACGCUCAGCUUGGAGCAGAGGUGCCCGGUCCCGCGGAGCGGCAUGCGGGGCGCGGGGCGGCCCUGGACCCCCCCGCGGAGGGAGGCGCGCCGGGUGCACUUCCAGCUGGACGCGGCCCCCGAGCGCCAGGGCCCCGGGUGGCUCUGCACGAACGGGCGGCUGCCGCAGCCCGCGGACGGGGAGCCCGGCGAGACCGAGCUGCGGCAGCUGGACGAGCGGAUCGCGGCGAUGCGGGAGCAGCUGCACGCGGCCCUGGCGAGGAAGAGCGAGCUGAUGGCCGCGCUGGGCUCUGCCCGGAGCAGCCGGGCGCUGCCCUCCCAGCCCGCUGCCCCGGCGCCGCAGGAGGCCAGGCUCGCAGCAGCCCAGCCUGGCCCGGCCCUGCCGCAGGACAGCAGCGAUUAGUGCUCCAGCUUCAUCUCAGCCGCAGGAGCCCCAGGCAGCCCCGGCGCCGCCAGCUCCCCGGCCGGCAGCACGGGCAGGUGAGUAGCCGGCGCCGUGCAGCACUGCCGGUGCUGCCAGCUGAGCCCAAGCACGGCCACGACGGCGGUGGGGAGCAGGACGGGUUUAGACCCAAGUUGCCCCUGCGGGAGAGCCAGCUCCAGGGAAGCGACGCUGCGCUGUUCGCCGGAGCCGCCUCCGACCAGAAACUGAGUCUUCCUCGGGCCCAGGGCAAGUGAUGGACAACACCAGUGCUGGCCGGUUUCUCACCCUGGGGCUGCAGGAGGCCACAGACCCCAGAGAAGACUUAACCUCCUCCGCUGCCGGCCUCUGGGCGAGGAAGCUAAGUAACCUCACAGUGCAACUGUGGGUGACUACAGGUGGCCAUGAAAGGAAGGGGGUGAUGGCAAGAGACACUGCAGGAACGUCUUCCUUCCCUGCAGCCUCUUCACUUGCACAAAGGCUGCAAAACGCUGGCCAGUGCCAGCGCUGGGGACUUGGGCUCAGCGCUCCCCGUCCUGCCCAGCCCCUGCGCGGACCUGGGCAAGUCGGCUGUAACAGGAGCGAGCAGGGCCCUCCUCCUUCAACGUGCCGGAGACCCUCGCCUCCGGGGACAGCGGCAGCAGCGUCUAAGGUAGUUAGAGCGUUUGGUUUGUCCAGCCCACACCCGGGACAGGAGCCUCACACAUCAAUUUCCAGCAAGAACCCAGCACAACUGCUAGCAGGAAAACCAGAGCAGCACCACAGCAGCUGUUAGAUAUAAUAUUUAUUAUUAUAUACAAACACAUUUUGUACAUUAAUUAAAUAGAGUGAUCUCUACUCUUCA